UACCAAGCUUGCAGUGGAUACUUGCUGAAGAAUGCAUUUGCUUAUUUUCUGAUUAGUGGUUCGCAAUGGUGCUCUAGCACAACUCUACACACAACCCAAGCUGAUAUCCGAAAACCACCUGAUUAACAUGUUUCAAAAUGUUACUGAAACCUCACCGGCUAUAUCACAGUCCAACUUCUCUAACGACAGCUUCCUUGGCCAGAAUUCGAGCGAAGCUCUACCACUUUUAAAGUUACCCAUCUACUUAACAGUUAUCUACUCAUUUGGUUAUUUUGCAAUAUUUCUUUUUACUUUCUUCGGAAAUUUAAUGGUUAUAGCUGUUGUGUACAAAAAUGAAAGAAUGCAUUCUGCUACAAAUUACUUCAUCGUGAACUUGGCCGUUGCUGACCUCUUGGUAGCGAUAUUUGUUGUUCCGUUCACACUUCUGGACAGCCUUUUCACAGGCUGGAAAUUUGGUGCUUUCAUGUGUAAGGUAACCCCGUACUUACAAGGCGUGUGCGUAUGCGCCUCGGUUACAACUCUGGCUGCCAUAGCAAUCGACAGGUAUCUGGCUAUUUGUUACAUAUUUCAAGUUAAAAUAACCGGCCGUAUAUGUCGCAUCAUCAUCAUCAACAUCUGGGUGUUGGCCUUGGGUGUGUCGCUGCCCUGGGCUAUCUACCACAAGCAGAUCGUCUACCCGCACUCUCCAGAGGUUUUCCUGUGCUGGGCGGCCUGGCCUAAUGAGGAGAGCAGGAACGCUUACUUCCUCGGCGCCACAUUUCUUGUCUGUUACGCCAUUCCUUUGUUGGUAAUCUCAAUGUGCUACGGUAUGAUAGGCUAUCGAGUCUGGAACAGAAACGCACCGGGCAUAUCCAAUACAUCUGGAGUCAUUUACAAAUCUAAGGUUAAAGCUAUAAAAAUGAUGCUUACGGUCUUUCUUCUCUUCUCGGUGUCCUGGCUACCAUUGUACACUAUAUACCUGUGGCUUUAUUUUCGCCCGGACACGAGUAGUGAGAACAAUAUCGUGUUUGAAGUUUUGCUACCGAUUUCCCAAUGGCUGGGCUCGUCUAACAGUGGCAUGAAUCCAGUUAUAUACUGUUUCUACAGUAAGAAAUUCCGCAGAGGAUUCAAAUCGCUGGUCACGUGCUGCAGUAGUAGUCGUCUGCAAAGGAACCGAAGUCAUUUUUCCACCACGAAGUACAUGACCGUCGAUUAUGAUAAUGGUCACUUCAAAGUGUCAUUCAGAAAGGAAGUUCAAGAGGACGAUAGUUCAUCUCGGAACUAUGUGUAA